AUGACAUCCAUCUGCAAACUAUUUAACCAGCCACACACUAGGCUCAAGAGUCUUCUGUUUGUCUCCUGUGUGCAGUGUGUGGGUGUGCUGAGGCUGCUGAUUCUUUGCAAGAGUGUGGUACACGGCUGGGUCGUGGUCUGGGGAGCUGCCAGUUUGCUACCCUUAUGUGCCGUCCUGACCGGUAAUGAUUAUGGCGCUCCAAAAGAUGCUGACACACUUCUGGGUCUGUUAGAUGUGAGUGCAUUAGGGAGAGGUGGUGGCAGGGGUAAAGGGAAAGCACCCACGUCCCGGAUUGAGGGUCUCCUCCUCUGGCUGUCCUCUUUUUCAAGUCCAGCGGAGGCCCUGGAGGAGGUGAGCAGGCUAAUGGGGGAGGAAUGCAGAGGUGGAGGCGGUAGGGGCAAGAAAGGACAGAUAGGUGGGCUCAGUUCACAGCUGUGGGCAGGUAUGCAGGAGUACCACAUCACCCCUCAAAGCUCUCUGGCUCGCUGGUUCUCUGGAGAUAAGGUAGCUCCUGGAGGGCGGACCUCUGGGCUCGCACAGCUGCCAGAGUGCCUGUCGCAGGCUGCAGCGCAGGGACAGUUAGCUCCCUUGGUGGUAGAUGCUAUGGUGAUGCGCAGGGUUCUGCUCCUCCCACAGGUGGAGAACAGCAAGCUAGCCAGCAGCCACUACAUCGCCAGAUUCAUACGCCAGGCUGUAUAUGGAAUAUUACUGCAGAGAGGCCAAGAUGUCCAAGCACGGGAUGUGAGGGUACAAGAAAACAUCAGCCAGGGUACGAGAGGUGGGAGAGGGCGAGGGGGAAGGGGGUACAGAGGUGCUCAGGUUGGUGGAGGUAGGGGUGUAAAUGUAGGAUUUAACAUUGAACACGCAGCCGUCGCAGGUACAGUGCAGGCUCAGGGCUCAGGUGCCCUCGUGUGUGUAGAGGAGUAUGACCGUCUGGAUGUGAACUUGAAGAAAAACCAGGUAGAGGCACAUCCCCCCAGAACCCCCCUACGUCUGGAUACACUCAGCCAGGCUCCUGUGGCAGUUCGUCUUGGUGUCCUGUUCGAAGUCUUGGGGAUGAAGGAGUCCACCCUGACUUCUGUUCCUCUCCACCUGAGGCUGGCAGUAGCAGUGACGGGUUUCUGGCUGCGAGAGGCCAUACCAACACCCUCACGGUCCCAGCUCCAAGCUUUGGUGCUGGGCAUGGUUUACGGAGAGCUGUCCUGGAACAACCAGCCUGGAGUGCCGCAGCUAAACUGGGCCGCAGAGCGCCAUGUGUUGGCAGGGUUGGAUAGACAACGUGUGAGGCCAGGAGAGAGACGGGGCUUGGAUGUCGGAGUGGCUCACAGUUUCAGCCAAUGGCAGGCCUGCCUCUGGAGCACCCUGUGUCUCAAUCAACUAUUGCUGCUGCCUCUGCCUGAACCCCAGCUAUCGUGGUUGUACAGCGGCACCUUGGUGCAUGGCCUCAUCAAGUAUCUGAAAGGGGGUCGAGCUGCUGAAUCCCUCCUGGCCGGGGGUUCUGUGUCCGGACAACUCUACGUCUCGCUGCUGGACGCCGUGUGGAACUGCAGCUCCAAAACCCAUCAGUCCUCUUCAGCAGCAGGGAGGAGGAAGAGAGGUGGAGGCCGGGGAAGGAGAGGAAGAGGGGGAGGUGGGAGAGGAGCAAGGGGAGGGGGGAGAGGGACUGGGGAGAUAAACAACAGGUUUGCUUUCCUGAUGGUCAAUGAAGAGUUUGAUGAUUGGUGAGGAGGCAAAAUGAAUAGAUCGAUAUACAGAACUUGCUUAGGGCCAAAUGAGAGGGGACAUUCCAGUGUUUUAGUAAACACCCUCAGGGGAUGCUGUAGUCAUUGUGAAGUAAAGAACUACAUCUUUUAACGUUUACCACUUCUUCUGCCUUUAUAAUUGUAUUACACUAUUUAACCUUCCUCACUAUUAUUAACUGGCCGUCUCAAGUCAAGUGAUGUCAAGACAUCAGAGAUCAGUUUUCCCAAAGCACACGCUUGCCAUAUUUUAGCAUAUAUGAAAGCUUUUAUUAAAUUAAGAUCACUGUUAAUGCAACUGUUUUCAGCCUGACAGUUUUAUUCUGUUACAUCAACACAAGAUUUAAACAGUGAAUGUAGAGAUGUCUUAUUUUAUCAUCUCUGUUGACCAGCGAGAUGUAUGGCAGCUAAUGGCACCUUGAUGACAAACGUAUGAUUAUGUAAUUUUUAUAUUUGCCUUACUGCUUAUGUAUUUGGUGCUCGAUUUUACUUGCCUUUCUAUAUUAAAAAAAUUCAUGAAUCAAA